GUGAACAUGGCAGCGCCGUCGGGCGGAGGCGAAACGGGCAACAGCAAUGACCAGAUGCUAGAUUUAGGAGCAGCAUUACUAAAAGACUUCAUCUAUGAGCGAGUUCGUCGUCAUGGAGACUGUAAUACCUCAGUAUCCAGGAGUCAACUGGGUGGGACAGAGCUGUCCGAUCCCAAUCACAAGAGGCUGGCACAGUGUCUUCAGCAAAUCGGAGACGAGCUGGAUGGAAAUGUGCAGCUUCAGAGGAUGAUAAACGACUCUGCCCUACAGCCCACUCAGGAGGUGUUUAUUAAAGUGGCACGGGAGAUCUUCUCUGAUGGGAAGUUUAACUGGGGCAGAGUGGUGGCCCUAUUUUACUUUGCCUGUCGACUGGUCAUCAAAGCUCUGUUGACCAAGAUACCUGACAUCAUCAGAACCAUUAUAAGCUGGACCAUAGAGUACCUGCGGGAUCAUGUGAUUAACUGGAUCAGGGAACAAGGAGGCUGGGAGGGAAUCCGCUCCUACUUUGGAACUCCAACGUGGCAGACGGUCGGGGUUUUCCUGGCCGGAGUUCUCACCACUGUGCUUGUCAUACGCAAGAUGUGAAGGCGAGGAGAACCAAUAGGAGGACGAGAGAGAACGGAUAGAGCGAGAGAACAGCGACGGAAAGACAGAAAGACGAAGGAGACAAGUGGACAGACGGAGAGAGAGGGAG